AUGCCUCCCAUACGCCUAGCACUGAUCGGACUCUCCCAGUCAGCCAAGACCUCAUGGGCCAGCGAAGGACACCUCCCAUACCUGCUUUCCGAGCGCGGCAGAGAGAGAUACAGGAUCCUAGCUCUGCUCAACUCGAGUGAGGAAGCUGCAAAACGAGCAGUUGAAGGUUACGGCCUGGAAUCCACCGUCAAAGCUUACGGAUCCCCGGAACAACUAGCUGCAGACCCGGAUGUCGAUCUAGUUGUCUGCACAACACGGGUUGAUGUGCACUACAGCACUAUCGAGCCGAGCGUGAAGGCAGGCAAGGCCGUCUUCGUCGAAUGGCCUCUGGCGGAGAAUGUUCGUCGGGCGUCUGAACUUGCUACGCAGGCGGAGAAGAGUGGCUCGAAGACUCUGGUUGGGCUUCAAGCUCGGGUCGCUCCUGCUACGUUGAAAGUGAAGGAGCUGGUGCAGAGCGGUGCUGUUGGGAAAGUGGUUAGCAGUGAUGUUCAGGCGUACACCUCUCGUGGUGGAGGGAAUAGUAUCUCGGAGGGUCUGGCGUAUUUUCUGGACAAGAGUGUUGGAGGAAACCCGGUGACGAUUGCCUUUGGGCAUAUGAUUGACUUUGUUCACUCUGUCCUCGGCGAGUAUGAGACGUCGAAUGCACACCUCCAGAUCCAACGGCCAGAACAGACCAUCAUCCGCGAAGACGGCACAGAAGGACCAACGCGCUCCAAUGUGCCUGAUCUAGUAUCAGUCCACGGCACACUCCAGAAGUCGUCCAGCGUUGCGGACGGAGCAUCUCUCCUUGUCAAAUUCUUGACCGGCCCACCCUUUCCCGGCUCCUCACCCUUCACCUGGACCAUCACCGGCUCAAAAGGACGGAUCCAGAUGUCGAACGAGCGAGGCCCGUUCAUCCAGUCCGAGGGCAGCGCGUACCCUAUUCCGAUUCAGUUGGAGGACUUCUCGACCGGCGAGGUAAAGGAGGUCUCUUGGGAGUGGGAUGAAUGGCAAGAGGCUCUGCCACCGAGGGGGAGGAACAUUGCGAAGAUGUAUGAUCUUUAUGCUGAAGGGAGGGCUGAGGAGGUUGGGGUUGCGGAUUUUGAGGCGGCUGUUGUGAGGCAUCGGGGGUUGGAUGGGAUGCUUUGGUCAGAUGUGGACUUACCGUAG